AUGGGAUAUAUAGCACCGGAUAUGCCCAAGACAGGAAAGGACACAACAAGCUCCGAUGUCUAUGCUUUUGGCGUACUUGUGCUCGAGAUUGCUUGUGGGCGCAGGCCUAUUGAUCUCAAAGCAUUGCCCGAGGAAUUAGUGUUGGUUGAUUGGGUAUGGGAGAAGUUUAGGCAAGGGAGGGUCCUUGAUGUGGUAGACACUAGGCUCAAUGGCCAAUAUGAUGAAAGUGGGAUGAUGAUGGAGGAGAAUGUUGAUGGUGGUGACAUUUUCUUUGACCGGAGCAAAGUAGAAGACGAUGGGAGUGAGUAUGGCAAUACAUUAUUGUUUUUAAAUUUACAAUACUACAAUUCCGGGAAGAACAAGAAAUCGAAUCAUUAA